AUGAGUAGCACUCAAACGUUGUCAGCUGCCCUCAAAACUUUGGCAAACUAUCGAGCACAUAGCACAAGAGCUUCUCAAGAUGUUCUCGCGAAGGGUAGUGCAAUUCUCAGAGACGGUAGACCGGAGGCCAAGUUAGGCGAUGACGCUUGGGCUUUCCUCGAGCAGGUUUUUCUCGCUGCAAUUGAUGUAGGAAAUAUUGAGAUAGCGGAUGAAUGCCUCCACAAGCUAUCAGAUAAAUUUCCUGGCUCUACACGUGUGGACGUUCUCGCUGGUAUACGUAUCGAGGCUUCGGAGUCUCCGGAAAUUGCUCUCAAGUUUUACGACGAUAUAUUGAAGGAUGACUCUGCUAAUGCGGCUGUGUGGAAACGUCGUAUAUCCAUUCUCAGACGUACAGGGAAGAUUGAAAAAGCCGUGGAAGAACUCAAAGAGUAUCUUGACACGUUCUACAACGAUCUUGAAGCAUGGGUCGAGCUCGCAGACAUUUAUUCUUCCUGCUACCAAUACUCUUCCGCCUUAUCGUCUCUCUCGCAUACACUUCUCCUUGCCCCUCAAAACCCUUUCUACACCCUUCAAUUUGCUGAAACGGCGUAUACCGCAAACGACAUACCUCUCGCUUUCAAGAUGUUCUCGGUUUGCAUCGAGAUUGCUGAACGUGACUUGGAGCCUGGAGAAGUUGUGAGGUCGAAGGGCAAAGGUAAAGCCUUAGCAGAAGAUAUCGAUUUGGACGAGAACGCUGGGGAAGGGAUCUCUACUAGGGCUUGGUUCGGCCUUAAAUUGUGCACGCGCAUUUUACUUUCCACAUCGUCCUCUUCUCCCUCACAGACGCCAAUACCAAAGCGGAAGACGAUUGAGCUGGUGGAUGAACUUGCAACUGAGAGAGUGUUGGCUGUUUACUCCUCUAAUGAUGGAAAAGGGAAGGAAAAUGUUCGGGCCUGGCUUGGACGCUCAUAG